UGGAUUAGAAAGACAUGGACCCGCAGUUCGGCGCGCAUGUGCAGUAUCCGCUUGGUCUUUAAGUGGAGCAGUUGUCGCGAAAGUGAAAGGAUUACGGCAUGGAGCGUUGGAUUGUCUACGGUGUCUGCUGUUGCUGGUGGCUGGCAGCAUCCGGCCAGGCUUUGGAAAGUGUCUUUGGAGCCUAUAAUCUGGAGCUGGAGUUCCCAUCCCCCCAGGAAAGGGAGCGAGCGCUGAGGGAGGGGCUAUACGAUCCAGCCAGCGUAAUCCCAAUCGAUGUGGACGUCUACUAUAAGCAUGGCGAUGCCACGCCCUCGAUAUUUGUGACCAUUCCGCGUUUCGCCAAGGGCGUUCCAUACUCUCUGGCCUAUGUCACAAACGAAAUGCGACCGAACGGAACUCUCCUGCAGGCUUAUCCCAGCUACGAGUGGCACAAAUCCCACGGAGCCGAUUGCAAUGGCUUGACUUCGGUUUACCGCACCCAGAUAGACGAGUGCGGGCGCAUGUGGAUCCUGGACAGCGGGGAGAUCGACUUCAUUCAGCACUGCCCGCCGCAGCUGUACGCCAUUGACUUGGAGAGCGGAAAAGUUGUGCAUCAGUACAAGAUGCCCAAGCGAUUGUACAAGGAGGGCGUAAGUCGCUUUGUCACGCCCACCGUGGAGCUGGAUCCGCACAACUGCGAUGUGGGAUUCGUGUACAUGGCGGACUCCAUUGGAGAUGGCAUUGUGGUGUAUGACGUGGCAGCCCAGCAGUCAUGGCGGAUUGAGAACAAGUUUACGUAUCCCCAUCCAGACUUCGGCACAUUCACGAUAGCAGGCGAGAGCUUCCAGCUGUGGGAUGGCACUGUGUCCACUACUAUAACGCCCCACGGAUUGGGUGGCCGGCGGAUGAUGUACUUCCACUCGCUCUCCAGCGAGUGGCAAAUGGCCAUUCCGCUAGAUGUGGUUAACAACGGCAGCAACUGGCGACUUAAUGAUGUGAGCGCUGCCUUGGAUCAGUUCCAGUUGCUGGGCAAGCGGGGAAGUCAAUGCGUUGCGGCGGCCAUGAGCGAGUCCGGCUUCCUGAUCUGCGGCCUGGUCCAACCAGCCAGCAUUUUGGCUUGGAACAUCCGGUCCAGCUACAGCCAUCAGAAUCUGGUCAUGCUGGUGGAGGAUGAGCAACGCCUGCAGUUCGCCAGCGGCCUGAAGAUAGUGCGGAAUCACGACGGCAAGGAGGAACUGUGGGUGCUGUCGAAUCGGCUGCAGAAAGCCUUCGGAUCGGGUCUUGACUACAAGGAGAUCAACUUUCGCAUACAAAAGUGCGGGCUUCAGGAGCUGCUCGGCGGCAGGCCCUGCUACUAAGUUGCUUUCUAUUGCUGCUCAAUAAAUCUAAUGAUAAAAUGA